AUGGCGCUGCACUGGAGGGAGAAGAUGGAUUUCAUCCUGGGUUCUGUGCACCGACUGGGACCAAACACCAACCGGCCUCGUCAGAUCAUCCUGCAGUUCACAGGAUGCCACUUCAGGGACGAGCUCUGGAGGAUCACCAACCUUCAUCCUGUCUGCAAAGAGCUGAACAUCCGCCUGGCAGAAGAUCUCACCAAGGAGGACAGGGAGGCACAGACGUCCUGUGUGGCCCAAAGUGGAGCAAGCAAGGAAAGCAGGACUAAAGACGGUAGAAGGUUUGAAUUCAGCAGCAUGGAUCAGUGUGAGGACAGAGAGGAGGGAGCCCCUCCCUCUAAAACCACUCAGAGUGAGGAAGAUGAAGCUCAGAGAGUGGACCAACAGAAUUCAAAGCUUCAUAGUGCUCCAUCUGCCCACCCUCAUCAGAUCCGUCUGGAGUCUGUAUUUACGCUGCUGGAGGAAAAAAUUGUUAAUUUUGUGAAGAAUGAGUUAAAGAAGAUCCAGAAGGUUCUAAGUCCAGGUGACCUAGAAAGCUUUGAGACACAAAGAGAUGAGGAGGAGGUGUUGGGAGUCAAGGAUGAUGAGCAGAUGAGGAGCAGCAGGGAAGUACUAAUGAAGAUCACAGUGAACUUCCUGAGGAUGAUGAAGGAGGACGAGCUGGCUGACCGUCUGCUGAGCAAACUUCUUGCUGCAGUUUGUCAACAUGAACUUAAAUCUGGUCUGAAGCAGAAGUUCCAGUCUGUGUUUGAGGGAAUCGCUAAAGCAGGAAGUCCAACCCUUCUGAACCAGAUCUACACAGAGCUCUACAUCACAGAGGGAGGAACUGGAGAGGUCAAUGAUGAACAUGAGUUUGACCUAAAGAAGUUCUCUGCUUCAGAGGAGGUUCUCCUGAGGCUGCUGCCUGUGGUUAAAGCUUCCAACAAAGCUCUGUUGAGUCACUGUUUCCUCUCAGAGAGAAGCUGUGCAGCUCUGUCCUCAGUUCUCAGCUCCCAGUCCUCCAGUCUCAGAGAACUGGACCUGAGUAACAACAACCUGCAGGAUUCAGGAGUAGAGCUUCUAUCUGAUGGACUGAAGAGUCCAAACUGCAAACUAGAAUCUCUCAGGUUGUCAGGCUGUCUGAUCUCAGAGGAAGGCUGUGCUUCUCUGGCCUCAGCUCUGAGCUCCAACCCCUCCCAUCUGAAAGAGUUGGACCUGAGCUACAAUCAUCCAGGAGAGUCAGGAGUGAAGUCGCUGUUGGCUGGACUGAAGGAUCCAGACUGGAGACUGGAAGAUCUCAGGGUGGAGCCUGCUGGAGAACGAUGGUUGACACCAGGUCUGAGGAAGUAUUCCCGUCAGAUCACCAUCGACCCAAACUCAGUGAACAGAAACCUGAAACUGUCUGAAGGCAACAGGAAAGUGACACUGAUGGAGGAGCUUCAGUCCUAUCCUGAUCAUCCAGACAGAUUUGAUGAACCUCAGCUGCUGUGCAGUGAUGGUCUGACUGGUCGGCAUUACUGGGAGGUUGAGUGGAGAGAUGGAGUUGAUAUAUCAGUGAGUUACAGAAGAAUCAGGAGGAAAGGAGACAGUGGAGACUGUUGGUUUGGAGAGAAUGAUCACUCCUGGAGGCUCUACUGCUCUAAUAAUUUUGGUUACAUUGUCUGUCACAAUAAAAGACAAUCACGUAUCUCUUACGCCUCUGCCUCUAACAGAGUGGCAGUCUAUGUAGACUGUCCUGCUGGCAUCCUGUCCUUCUACAGAGUCUCAUCUGACUCUCUGAUCCACCUCCACACCUUCAACACCACAUUCACUGAACCUCUGCAUCCUGGGUUUGGGUUCUCUAGAUCCGGUCCUGGUUCCUGGGUGUCUUUGUGCUGAGACGAGUCGGAAGGGUCUCCUCCUGUCACUGUUAAACAGUUCAUUUAAUAAGUUCACUCAAGUUCUGGGCCAUUUGAAUGAGUCAGUAAUUCAAUAGUCAGAUAAAUUCCAAAGAAAAAAUUAAAAUCAAUCCGCUGGACUUUGUUUCCAAGUUUGAAGACGUUUAUCUUCCAUCCAGGAAGAUUUUUCAAUUCCAAAUGUCAGAAAUAGCGUUUAGUUCCAGGUUUUAUG